AUGUGGCUGAGGCAUAGUGGUCCUCCUGCUCCUCCCAAAAGGAUAGAUAACAGUCCUGCUUACGGUUGGCCGGAGGAUGAGUUUGAUGAGGAGGAUGGGGACACCUAUGAGGCCCCUCCCUGUGAGCCACCGCCCAUGAAAGUCCCCCCCAGACAAGUGGAGGAGAAUGUGUACUUGGAGAGAAGUCCGGCCCCUGAUCCCAGCAGGCAGGCUCCCCCGCCACGGCCGGCUAAAAUGACACCCAUAGGCAAAGUUCAGAAGCAAGAGAGACAUCAGGACUCAGAGGAAACCUACAUUGACCCCAAUGCAAAAAAGCCCCCUCAGAUCAACCGGGAAGAGAAACCAGGGAAGAAGUUGGCUGUCAAGAAGACACCUCCUUCAAGACCCGCCCCUGCCCCUGUCCCCCCUCCUGCUGCUGCCUCCCACCUUGAAGAGGAUGUGUACCUGAACCCAAAUGAAGGACAGCAUUUGCCUAUACUGCCUAUGCCGCGGGCCGCCCCUGAGGGAGACAAUGAUGACCUCUAUUUGGAGCCUAAUGCAGCCUGCCCUCCCCCUCCUCGGGUUGCCGGGAGAAUGCCUCCACCUCCCAAGGUCAUGUCUCGCGAAGCCCUGCCUCCCAAGACUGGGCCACGCAAAGCCCCGCCCCCAAUGAAGAAGCCCCCAGUGCCUGGAGCCCAGCCUAUAAGUCCUCCCACCACCAUGCCCCCACAGCUUCUACCUAGCGCAUACUUGCCAGGUGAUAGUAAAACCGCUCCACCUCCUGAAGUCAGACGUCCCCCCUUUCCAGCAAAGCUACCCCCACCCACUCCUGGCAUGAAACCCCCCCUUCCAUCAUCACUAAAAGAGUCUAAACCCAGCCCACCUCCUCCUCCACAAGUGGACAGCACUGUAGGAGGUCCAAAAUCCACUCAGUCAGGAACAGAGGAGUCCCGGCUGCAGGAUAAAGAGUGGUUUGCUGGGAACUGUGACCGCAGGUCAGCAGAGGCAGUGCUGUACAAGGUCAACAAGGACGGGGCCUUCCUGGUUCGACGCAGCUCGGCCCAGAAUGCACGGCAGCCCUACACCCUGGUAGUGCUGUACAGGCAGAAGGUCUACAACAUCCCAGUGCGCUUCCUGGAAGACACAGGGGGAUACGCCCUGGGCAAGGAGGGAAAGAGGAAUGAGGAGUUCUUCAGCAGCCUCCAGGAGAUAAUCUCUCAUCACAAGAAUAAUCCUAUCCUCCUGAUUGACAGCAAGAGCCAGGCGAAGCACACCACGUAUCUCACUCACCCUGCCCGCCCCUGACACCCCAACACAACUGUUACACACAGCGACCCCGAUGCCUCCAGUGUGUUUAGACCUACCUUUAUGAGUCGAUGUACACAACAGCUGUUCCUCAGUCAUGGUGGUUGUAUAUUUACAAUGCCCCUAACACC